AUGUAUUCGUUACUUGUUCUUGGUGCUCUCACCAGCUCAGUGAUCGGUCAAGUCGUCACAUUUAGCAACACCACAUUCACAGCUCCUGUGACGGUCGGCUCUGUGUGGCCUAUUUCUUUCGGUGCUGGUAACAGGCAGCCAGUCUCUAUUGCCUUUGGAAACAGCAGCUAUGCCUUCCAGGUUGUUGAUGGUCUCACUGCUCCAGGAACAUACAACUGGAAUGUCGCUGUUCCAGUCAACGUAGUCGAAGGAAUGUACCAACUUGCCCUUGUGCAAGGAGAAUCAGAUCCAGUCUACAGCCCACCAUUCUCCCUCGUCAUCCCACCAGAGGCAGCCGACUCGACAACAGACGCUCCAACCACCACCAUUCCAUUCCCAACCGGCGCUGGCGCCCCAAUGAUGACCGUCACAGCCAUCUACCUCCCACCACCAAUGAACAUAACAAACAACUUCUACCAAACCUUCAUCUACUACGACGAAGACUGUGGCUGCCACCAAACCAGCACCUGCCCACCAUCAGAGGUUCCGACCGCCACCUCCAUGACCACCGUCACAUACUCCGCCGUAGAGUGUGGUUGCACCACCACGAUUGAAGCACCUGCCGCUGAGACCGUUAUCCCUAUGGCGGCAACAAUGGCUCCUGCCACUAACGUGCCAGUUGCACCAACUACUGCUCCUGCUCCGCCUCCAGCUGCAGUUGCGCCUGCUGCGACCACUACUGCUGCUGCCCCUGUACCGACUACUUCAGCAUCAACUCUUCCAGCAUUCACUGGUUCCGCUUACAAGCUCGCUGGUACGAGCUGGGCGUUUCUUGCGCUGGCUGCUGCUUUGGUGUUGGCGUAA